GUUUAUUAAUCAGAUUGGAGGAGCAAAUGGUAAAGAUUACACGGAGAGAGUACUUAAUGCUAUAUUCUCGCAAUUAUUUGCUACUGAUAAUACUUGGGAAGGCAAGGUGACAAAGUUUAAAAUCAAUAAGUUGAACUUAAUUAUCAUUUGCGAAGAGGUAAUAUUGAAGAAAUUUAAUAAUUGGGACAGUGCUGAAUUUGCUAAAGCUGGAAUGAAUUGGUUUCGAUUAGGAAAUCAGAGAGCAGGUAAACAACCAAAACAAGUUGAAAAGAAAUCUAAGCCACCAAACAAUAGCAAUACCAAAGAAGAAGAGUACUGACGAGUUUCCUGAGUAAGUGAAUUCAAGUGAAUUCACCCAAUAUUCAAUUAAUGUAAGAUUUAUACUAGUAUACAAUCUAAAAAGUGAAAAUAAUAUUUUACUCAGUAUUAGUAUGACUGAUUGAAAAAUCUUAUAUUUAAACUUAUAAUUGUUAAAAUUUUCACUUUUUGGAUUGUGAUGAUUACUCUAAAGAACAAAAAAUAUUAUUUAUUUUUUCUUAUAAAAAUAAUUAAUGACUUCAUUUA